AAGUGAUUUGUGUACCCUUGUAGGUCACUAAUAAUAUUAUCCCACUACAGUUUCAAAAUCUGUUUCAUGUAGUAUAUAUACAGAAAUGACAAAACGGAAGAAAUAUGAGGAAGAAAGACGUUUCCUAUUACAACAGCUGCUCUCUGUUUUUGUCUGUGGCCACACAUAGCCUGAAACUCAUUUGCAAACAUAGGUGAUCGGUAAGGUAGGUUUAUAAAGAGAAAUCUAAAAUCACAGAUGUGUUAGAGCACUUUUACUUUUUUCUUUUUAGGCACUUUUUUUUUGGUUGAGCUCUGAACGUGUUCAUCCAUGUCUGAAGAAGUUACCUAUGCAGAUCUAAAAUUCCAGGACUCUACCAAGACAGCAAAUACCAAGGGACUUGACAAAUUUGGGAAAAAAGCGCCUCCCGCUCCCUCCCGUGUAUGGCGUCAAACAACCUUGACUCUGAGUCUUCUGUGCCUUCUGCUGCUCGUUGGAUUGGUGGUCUUAGGAAUCACGUUUUACCUAACUUUGAAAAUAGAAAUGGGAAAAUUGAAUAAACUACAAAAUAUCGAAGAAGAACUUCAGAGAAAUGUUUCUGUACAACUGCUGAAUAACCAGAACUCCUCUGAGAAGAUCAGGAACCUGUCCAUUGCAUUACAAAACGUAGCCACUCGAUUAUGUCGUGAGCUUUGUAGAAAAGACCCAGAGCACAAAUGUAAGCCUUGCCCAGAGAGUUGGAUAUGGCACAAGGAUCACUGUUAUCUCCUGCGUGAUGAUUAUCUCACAUGGGAAGAGAGUGACAGGUUCUGUUCUGCUCUGAACGCCAGCCUGUUGACGAUGAGGAACAAGAGUGAGCUGGAAUUUAUAAGAUCCAAGGAAUUAUUUCACUAUUGGUUGGGAUUAUUUCCUAGAAAAGAUUAUAAACUCUCAGAGAAAAUUGAGAAUUUGGUUUUCUCUUCUGCCGGGUUUAAAAGAAACACUGGUGACUUAAAAUACAUGUAUUGUGGAUAUAUAUAUCGAACAUCGGUUUAUUAUAUUCGCUGCAGUGAAAUAAAAAAGAUUCUAUGUCAGAAGAUGGCCAAUCCAUCUUUGAACAUUGAAAGCAUACUAACCAGUGAUUUUCCUGAUGGAGGAAUGUGAUUCAUGCGAUUAUUUUGCUUAUGCUGGGAUACUACAGCUGAAGAGACCCUCAGGGAGACUGGAUCUCCUUGGACCACACAAAUGGAAUGAAAAUGCUCAGACUAUGUUUUUGUCUCUCCUAACAGUUACAUCUUCAAAGUUUCUUCUUUUUCCCCAUUUGUGGAGUACAAGGAACCCAACAUCCUCUCUCAUCAAACGGAUACAACGCAGACACUGUCAAGCAUAAAAAUAGUGUUUCCUGGAAAAUACAGGAACCUUAAGCUAUUUUUUCCUUGCUUUUCUAAAAAUAAGAGAAAUUCCAACUUCAUGGAAUAUCAGGGAAACUUAAAUCCAGUAAAUGUAGAGUAUCAAGACCAAUUGGAAUUUAUUCUAGUAAUAAGAUGGAUUAGUAUUUUGGAAAAAAAAUAAGGGAGUGAAUUCUGUUAUAGAAACUAGAAGCAACUUUGUUGUUUUGGAUUUUUGCUACCAUUUUCCACAAGUGAAGUAAAUUCUAAAUUUACAAAAAGAAAGCACUUGCUACAGGUGUAAUAAGGAAACACUCCUCUCCGUUCCAUCACCCAUGGCGUCCGUCACCAAGUCUGCCUUACACAGAAAGCCCUGUGUGAUUCCACUGCACCAAGAGAACACCACACCCUAUAGGGUGUAUUAGCGCAGCUCCUGACAGGAGGCCUGAAAACGCACGCUUUCCCCAACUCCGUGUCCUGCCCGAGCCUCCCAAAUGCCGGAAAGCUGACCUUGGCAGAGAACUGGCCGCCUACCCAGGCACACUUCCUACUGGAGGACUUGAAAGAGGUGAACCAAGGGGCCUUAAAGAAGAGGUAAAGAGAGAACCUCCCUUUGCAGGGAGAGCACAGUCCCUUCUGAGAAUCAGCAGGGGACUUGGUAAGAGCAUUUAUUCACCCUCUUUGGUACUGAAACCUGAAGCUCACAAGUGUUGCUUUAUUGAAACGCCAUAAGGAACCUUGAAAUAAUCUAUUCAUGAUAAAAUGCUGUUUGUGAAAAAAAAAUUAGAGGGUUACAUUUAUUUGUUGUACCCACAAAAAUACUUUUUUUGGGGGGGGCAGAGAUGGGCACCAGGCCAGUACUUUCCACAGCAGCCCAGUUUUAUUUCCACCACACAACACUUCCACUAUCGUAGGCUCCUGGCUCACAACUCCAGCAAGUUAUGCUCUGUUCCUAACUGUCCCUGUUUUGUGCCUAACAUUCUCCUUAUCCAUGACUGUUUACACACAUAUGUACUCAUAUCCAUAUGCCCUAGGGAAGCCUGUUUUUUAAAUAUUUUCUUAAAGACAAGGCUGUCACCUAAAUAAUUGGAUGAAUUAUGGCUAAGAGGUGAUGGCAAAGAACAGGUAUAGAAAUCUAGAAGUGAUUUACUGAAGACACACCUGUCACGAGCUAAUACAUAUAUAUAUAUAUAUAAUAUAUAUAUAUAUAACACAUAGUUAAGGUGGGAGGAAUCUUCAACAUCAAGGCCAUCCCUGGAGAGCAACUUUCCUCAAACAAAUUCCGUCUGCAGACAAAGCUGCUGAACUGACAACCACAGCCUUUGUCCUUUGGUAAACAUAACUACAAGUUACUGCUCCUGGGGAGUUGCAGUGCUGAUCGCUAGGAAUCCAACGGGGCCAGAACCUAUUCCUGUCGCCCACAUGCCUGGCCCCCCCAUGAGAGCGAGCUCCGGAAACAUGAACAUACUCUGUGUGCAACAGGCCCUGUCUCAGGUGAGCCCUAGGUUUUCUUCCCUGUUGCUGCCUGCUCUUUUCUUCUGAAGAGCCGAUGGCGGGCUGCAGGGAGCAGCUGUCACUACACUCUUACAAAGAGGAGGCACCUUUCCGUCAUGCGGAGAUAAUUCCCCUCCAGAGAGCAGCGGGUGUAGAAGCAGAGAUUCGUACCUGUGAGCCAGGAAGAGAGCGUUGGUGCAGGACAGUGGAGCACAGCACUGGAAGGCGGUGUCUCUGAUUCCUCUGGAAGAAGGCGCGGGAGCGGACUUUGCAGGAGGCCAUGGAUUUGCACGGGGCUCUUGCUUUGGGCCGAACAGACCCACCCCACGCUGAGGUUAGUAACAGCCACGCAGCUUGAGCAGAGGCUUGGUUAACAGAUUCGGCUGUAAGCAAUUAACGAGCGAAAUUGUAGCUGAUUGACAGCUGACUGUUGUAAACGCUGUGGCGGAGCAGUUGCUUUCUUUGCUCCCCUGUGUUUUUCUGUAAGUGGCGUUUUCUGUAAAUGCCAUCAGAUCACAUGGUUGGUUGCACUUCUCUGGACCUGCUCUGGUUCUGGGAGCUUUGGAAUUUGUGAAUUUUUUUAUUGUUCCCAAAUAAACUCACUUUAAUUAGUCUAGUGAUAAUGGCUAAACUUAACUGGGUAUUCACCAUAUCAUAUGCUUGGCAUCUAACUUUUUUUCUCCACUAACUCCCUCUAUUGCUUACAAAGCAAGCUUAGAGAUUUCAAGUAUCUGUUCUGCUAUGGGUUGAAUGUUUUUUCCCCUCCAGAACUCAUGUUAGUAUUUAAUUAUCAUGGUCAGUGUUAACAGGUGGGACUUUAAGAGGUAUUUUAUUCAGAGGGACUCUGCUCUUGUGGGUGAGUCAGCCCCUUUUUGCUUCUUGUUCCUUCUGCCAUGGGGGAGUCCAGCCUUGCCCCACUCUGGAGGAGGUGCACGCAAGGUGCCAUCUUGGAAGGUGACGGCCUUACCAGACACAAAACCUGCUGGAACCUUCUUCGUCUUGGAGUUUCCAGCCUCCAGAACUGUGAGCCAACGGGUUUAUAAAUCAGCCCGUCUCAGUUAUUCUGUUACAGAAACAAAGAGCAUCAAGACAUGGUCUAAAACACAGCUCUGAAAUUGAGGAUACGAAUGUAACCUUUGGCUUGGCUGUCUGACUUCAGAAAUUUAGUACCAAGCUAUCCUGCUGUGCGUUGCACGAACUAUUCAUGUAAAUCUACGAUGAAGCCAGGUUUAGAAACUAUAAAACUACUCACUAAGGGAGGAAAAGUUAUCCACAAAAAUAAAAAACAUAGCCUUCCCCCGGAAUUUUGACAGUAUGUUUUAUAUGUGCAUAGUAAUUUUCUCUCUCCGUAUGGGGGUACUUCAAAAAGUUUAUAGAAAAGUGGAAUGAGAUAGUGCACACUUUUAUGAGAUAUUUGAAGAUUCUGUGUGUAGAUAUGUGUGUAAAUAUUUAUAAACACUCAUAUAUUUUAUAUAUAAAAUUUCAUUCAUUCACAUAUACAGGAAAUAUUUCUCAGGAGUUUUGAAAAAGAGGUGAAAGAGAGGAAGAGAGAGGCUGAAAUUUGUGAGAAGCCAUGUGUCGUAAGCCAGGUUAUCAGGAAGAAACAAAGAAGGAAAUGUUUUGACACAAAGGCUGAUGAAGAACUCGAUAGCCUGGCACUCUGUAGAGGCUGUCGGAUAGAACGUGGUGAUGGCAGGGCGGCAGGGAGAGGGCUCUGAACAAUAGGAGUUAAUCAGACUCCAGAGUCCCUGUGAGGUCGGCAUGGAAAACUGUCUCUGCUAGUGAGUGUGAAAGUCAGAGGGUGCAUGAGAAUUAACCAAGACAAGAUCCUGGGGAAAGCAACACCAUAAUCUCUUCAUAAGAACAAAAUACCCAACAGAGAUAUUUAAUUUGCUAC